GCUGUUUUUUUACGUGCGGCAGGCGAAAAUUUGGAAAAACUGGCGAAAAAAAGUACACAAAAGGAGGAAAGAACUUAAAUUGUCUCGCGUCAAUCAACCAUAGCUCGAAUUGAAGCACACCAGUUUUCCAGAAGCAGUUUCGUUUCAGCUCCACUGUAAUGGCGGAGUAUUUGGCAUCCAUUUUUGGCACGGAAAAGGACAAAGUAAAUUGCUCGUUCUACUUUAAAAUUGGCGCCUGCCGUCAUGGAGACCGAUGCUCCCGCAUACACAACAAGCCGACAUUUUCGCAAACAGUUCUCCUACAGAAUCUGUACGUUAAUCCGCAGAACUCGGCCAAAUCGGCGGACGGGUCACAUUUGGUGGCCAAUGUAUCAGACGAGGAAAUGCAGGAGCAUUAUGACAACUUCUUCGAAGACGUUUUCGUUGAAUGCGAGGACAAGUACGGAGAGAUCGAGGAGAUGAAUGUGUGUGACAAUCUGGGCGACCAUUUGGUAGGCAAUGUCUACAUCAAAUUCCGGAACGAGGCCGAUGCAGAAAAGGCGGCAAACGAUUUGAAUAAUCGCUGGUUCGGUGGCCGUCCUGUCUACUCGGAAUUGUCGCCGGUGACCGAUUUCCGUGAAGCCUGCUGCAGACAGUACGAAAUGGGAGAGUGCACACGUUCCGGAUUCUGCAACUUUAUGCAUUUGAAGCCCAUCUCGAGGGAACUGCGAAGGUAUCUAUAUUCUCGGCGCCGGCGUGCCCGCUCCCGUUCCCGCUCGCCACGUUCUCGUCGCUCCCGCAGUCGGGGGUCACGUUCACCCCGCCGACGUCGUGAUGGCAACGAUGGAGUUGGCGGAGGCCACUACGAGCAGCGCGAUAGAGCUGCCAAUGAAGGACGAGGCAUGGAUCGCGGCAAUGAUCGAGGUCGCAAAGGCGGUGGCGGCGGUGGAGGUGGUGGAGGCGGCGGCGGCGGUGGUGGUGGUGGUCGUUAUUAG